GAGAGACAGAGAGAGAGAGAGAGAGAGACAGAGAGAGAGAGAGAGAGAGAGACAGAGAGAGAGAGACAGAGAGACAGAGAGAGAGAGAGAGAGGAGAGACUGAGGGGCUUUAAGCUCCAGCAGUAACAGGAGUUGGUGCAGCAGGACUUCCUGAUGGCUAAGUGGGGUGAAGGAGAUCCUCGAUGGAUCGUUGAGGAGCGAGCCGACGCCACCAACGUCAACAACUGGCACUGGACGGAGCGUGAUGUCAGCAGCUGGUCAUCAGAGUGCCUCCGUCAGCUGCUGCUGUCGGUGCGGGUGGAGGGGGCGGAGGGCGUCUGUCAGCUGACUGACCUCCCCAAACUGGACGGAGAAGCUUGGAUCAACAACCGCAAAGGAAAACUCAUCUUUCUCUACGAGUGGCAGCUGAGAGCCAGCUGGCUUGGGACGUCCAGCGCUGGAGUGAAGUUCAGAGGAACCGUCGACGUGUUCAACCUGUCAGACGAGAAUGACAUGGACGACCUCGAUAUCUCAGUGUCCCUGGGUAAAGACCAGCCCAACACGCCACUCCUGGAUCUUAUGAAGAGGACGGGCACUAAGGAGAUCCAGAGAGUUCUGGGCGACUAUGUCCGCCAGCUCAAAUCAGAGUUCAGUCAGGGGAUGAUCCUUCCCACUGCAGGCGGACCGAAGAAGCCUCAUCCUGACGCCAAGAAGAGCCAGAUCCAGACCACUAAAACUCAGAUAAACCCCGCCCCCAGGUGCUCCUCUGGUCCAUCCCCUUGUUUGUCAGGUGUCCGUAUCUCAACCUGCAGCUUCAGUUUGAAGGAAACCUUCCAAACAUCACCUGAUGAGCUCUACAGGACCUUCAUCAACCAGGAGUUCGUCCAGGUGUUUACGCGCUCGGCGGCGUUGGUAGACGGUCGCUGUGGGGGGCGGUUCCAGCUUUUAGAUGGGAAUGUCAGCGGAGAGUUUACACAGCUGGUACCAGACCAAAGGAUUGAGAUGAGGUGGCGGUUCAGGACGUGGCCCAGCGAGCACUACGCCAACAUCAGUCUGGAGCUGGUGGACCAAGGAGACGAGACAGAGCUGAGGAUGGAGUGUCGAGGAGUCCCUGUGGGGGAGGAGGAGUCCACUAGAGAGGGCUGGACCCGGUUCUACUUCCAGGCCAUCAAACAGACGUUUGGAUACUGAGAGACCAUGACCGGCUUAAGGGACAGUCCAACAGAUGAACCCUCUGUCUUCAGUCACAGGUGGAGUCCCUGAGGGCGGCGUCCUGAAGCUGUGGGUCCUUCAACCUUACAGAGAUUUAAAGGAACAAUCCAACACUUCAUAAGCCCUUUAAAAUGUUAGCUUAGCACAAAGACUGGAAGUAGGGGAAUCUGUUAGCAUAGCUUAGCACAAAGACCAAUCAGAAGAAGGAUUGUGAAGAAGAAACUGGGUUCACUGACAAACAUCUGAUUC